CUGUCGCCGCUGUGCGCUGCGGUGCAGGCGGCGGGACGAUGGAUCCGGGAUCGCGGCGUGUUCUGAUCCUGCUCGCUGUCCCUGCUGACACCUGAGCCACGGCGGUGAUGCUGCCAAGACCUCUGCAGCCCACAAGUCAGCCUACAUGGUAGGAGUGCCAGCCUGUUAGCUCCAAGGCCGCUCAAGAUCAGCAAGAGCAUAAUCUAGAAAUAUUGUCAGCCAUGCCUUUAGUGAAGAGAAGCAUCGAACCCCGGCACUUGUGCCGUGGAGCUCUACCCGAGGGGAUCACCAGUGAGCUUGAAUGUGUAACUAACAGCACUCUGGCUGCCAUCAUCCGCCAGCUAAGCAGUCUGAGCAAACAUGCAGAAGACAUAUUUGGCGAGUUAUUUAAUGAGGCUAACAACUUCUACAUCAGAGCAAAUUCUCUUCAAGACAGAAUUGAUCGCCUUGCUGUCAAAGUCACCCAGCUGGACUCCACAGUGGAGGAGGUCUCACUACAGGAUAUCAACAUGAAGAAAGCGUUCAAAAGCUCUACCAUCCAAGACCAGCAGGUGGUCUCCAAGAACAGCAUUCCCAACCCUGUUGCUGACAUUUACAACCAGAGUGACAAGCCUCCGCCCCUGAACAUUCUCACACCCUACAGGGAUGACAAGAAGGAUGGGCUGAAGUUCUACACGGAUCCCUCUUACUUCUUUGACCUCUGGAAAGAAAAGAUGCUGCAGGACACAGAAGACAAGAGGAAGGAGAAGCGACGUCAGAAGGAGCAAAAACGUGUAGAUGGCACCACCCGUGAGGUGAAAAAGGUUAGAAAAGCCAGAAACAGGCGGCAGGAGUGGAAUAUGAUGGCGUAUGACAAAGAGCUUAGGCCGGACAACAGGUUGUCUCAGAGUGUGCACCACGGAGCAUCCUCCGAGGGAUCUCUGUCCCCAGAUACUAGGUCUCACACAUCCGACGUCACCGAUUACUCUUAUCCUGCUACUCCCAGCCACUCUUUGCAGCCACAGCCGGUGACACCGUCCUGCCCAGCUGGUGAUGCACCGCUGCACGGAGCCACAAACCAAGGCGCUGAGCAUGAGUGCCGACCUUCCUCUGCCUCAGCAAGGCACAUGGCUCUAAACAGACCUCAGCAGCCACCGCCCCCACCUCCUCCUCAGGCCCCAGAGGGGUCCCAGGCUUCUACUUCAGUGGCUCCAGGCGACUAUGGGGUGCUUCCAGCACAGAUAAUUGAAUACUACAACCCCUCAGGACCACCACCACCUCCCCCUCCACCCAUGAUUCCUUCAGCACAAACUGCCUUCGUUAGCCCUCUACAGAUUCCUGCACAGCCCCCAUUCCCCGCCUCAGCUGGUUCCACGUACCCUGCUCCUUCUCAUCAGCCCUCCACUGGGCUCCUGGCCACAGCACCGCCUCCUCCAGGUCCCCCACCUCCUCCACCUGGCCCUCCUGGCCCCUCUUCUCUUUCAUCCUCCCCACUGCAUGGUCCCACUGUCACUGAGGCAAAGCGCCCAGAACCUACACAGCCACCCAUAAGUGAUGCAAGAAGUGACCUCCUGGCUGCCAUCCGGAUGGGAAUCCAGUUGAAAAAGGUGCAGGAGCAACGUGAGCAGGAAGCCAAACGGGAGCCUGUCGGGAACGAUGUGGCCACAAUCUUGUCUAGACGCAUUGCUGUGGAGUACAGUGACUCAGAUGAUGACUCUGAGUUUGACGAGAAUGACUGGUCCGACUGAAUCGCACAGGGCCAGGCAGCAGGGGGGACAGCCAGGGCACUGUAUGGAAGUGUGUUAGGAGCGCGUGUGAUCUCUGCACCCACAUAGUGGUAUUACCCUGUAGCUUUAGUAACUUUUGUAUUAACAGUGUGCUAUUGCUUCUGCACAUCCUUCUGGAUUGUUGAGUAUUUACUGUGUAAUACUUAAGUGCCACUAAACACAGCACAGCGUGCUGCACACCAGGAAAUACGCUGUAACUAGUGCAUAGUCCCGAAAUAGCAUCUCGCUUCCCUCUCAGCUGGGAGAGUCUUCACUCUUGUCCCUCCUGAUUUGGCAGACUUGCCAUGUGUCUGUGGAGCUGCCCAGCGUCAGGUCUUUGCAAGAUGAAUGGCUGUGUCGCAGUGAUGUCUUCCAACCAGUAGGUGACACUGCUUUACUGUUUCUUUCCUCUGCAGGGUGAUUUCCAGGUGGACUUGGUUCUAGAGGGAGAGGUUUAACAAGUCAGAAUGAGACGUUUCUCUAUUUGGACUCUUGGCCUGGUGGCCUCCAAGUGAAUGAGUGUGCUCCGCUGCCCUUGUGUGCUCUGUUGCUUCUGUUACCUUUGCACCCACAACAGAGAGUUCCCUUUUCAAGCACGGGCCCCUGUGGGGACUCACGUGGAAAGUGCCCACUAGUGACUUCUGUUCAAUUUCGCAAAUGGAACUCACUAUAGUGGCCAGCCCUGAUAGUGUGGACACAAGUUAGCCAGGCCAGAUGCAAGCUGCCCAGGGUCUGCAGAGCUUACAUGGCAAAGCUGCCGCAUCUGGUCCCCUCCUACCCCACCCAGUGCAGAUGAGACCUACACAUGUCAUUUCCUGGGAUCCCUGCUCCUCUGUUACCAUGGAGAGAGCAUAAUUCAGCGCCUCACCCCACUUGCUCAGAACCUUAGGAGCUUGGGUUUAGCUGAGAGAUGCCGCCAGCUGUUCACGACCCAUGGUGCUGUGGCUGGAUUCACACUCAGUCUCUCAAACAGGCCUUCACCCCUCCUGAAGCACAGUAAUCUUUUCUCAUGUUGUUGGCACAUUUUAAUUAAAAAGUACCUCACCAUAUAAACUGGAUCCAGCCAGUUGCCAUGGCAGAGAACCCUGACUUCCCCUCUGAUGUCUGGUCCCUGGUGUAGGCGGGGCUCUGACUCCAGGAAGACAGUGUCAGCUUUGCUGGAGAAAGGACAGCUACUCAUUUAGCAAGUCACUAGGUGUUCCAGGUGGGUUACAGAUAGGACCUCAUGGACGUGCUAGGAUGUGGAUUCCUCAGGACCCCUUACGUGCACACUUCAAAUGGAGUGCGUCCACUGCAGAUAUUAGUAUCGCUCACUUUGGAUAAAAAGGAGAAUCUAGAGCUGGGGCAAAUUGUGUCCAUUGAUGCAUAAUGUCAGUGGGGUAGUAAUGAGUGAUGUUUGCUCAUGAGUUUGGGGACAUCACCCAGCUGCCCACAUCACCCUCUGUGUGAGAGGACACUUGUCCACUUGGGCAGCCGUCUUGUAACACCUGACAGUAGUAGGUUUUAGUCAUGUCGAAUUGACACUAAAAACCCAUCUACAGCCCCCUGCCUGUGUCCUGCUUUGGCACGUGUCCCAGUGUUCUCUGCUGCUGGGUGGGCUGGUAUGCCCUUCCAGUGAUCAUCCUGGACCCUGUGCGCACAUGGCCAUUGCUGUGACUUGCUGUCAUAGUAGUAAUUUAAAGAAGCUUUUAUGUUUCUUUCUCAUUUCUAUUUUUCCAGCAUUGAGACCUACCGCGUUGGCAUCAUCCUCAGGACUUUGCCAUUUUGAGUCUUUUGUUCUGCUCACAGUAGUUUGCCUCUGUUGUUCCCUGUGGACUCCAGAACUCACAUUUGGCAGCACUCCUUCAUUUGGUAGGGCCCUUACGUUCUCAGGGUGGAGGAAAUACAUUAAAGCUACCAUCCAUUGUCAGGAUUUUUUUUCUGAUAUAUCAUAGUGAAGUUAGUGGCACUUUAUUCAUAAAUAUUUGGGAGCUUAACAAUUGUUGGUUGUCUUAUAGUUUCAUCAACCAGUUAAGUUUUAGUUUGUUUUUAUAGCUAGUGAGAAAUCUUUUGCCCAAUGUAUUCUGUAACUCUUGAAAGAAUAGAAAGUGGCUAAAAUCCAAUUUAGAUUACCUUUAGAGUAUCUUUCGGCAAAUCUGAUCUAGUCUAAAAUUUAAACCCAAGUUGCUUCUAAUACUUUACAGAAGAGCACAAAGCAAAAUGUUUAAAUUUUCUGUUUCUAUUUUUUAAAACUAUCCUCUAAAACAAAUGAAGAACAGAAUUUCAUAGCAUAUUUGAUUUCUACGAAUUUCAAUCUUAGAAUUACAGUUAUAAAUUUUAGGAUUAUUUUAAAUUGUUCCCAACUUUUGUGUCCUUAUGUAUUUUAGAUGAGUAUCUGACAUGUUUUUUUUUCUCAUUUUAUAGACUCAGGCAGAUGGAUAGAUGGAGGGGUGGGUGAGAAGUGGACAGAUGGAUGGAUAGAUGGAUGGAUUGUGGGUAGGUAAGUGGGUAGAUGGAUGAUAGAUGGGUGGGUGAGCGAAUGGGUGAGAGGUAGGUGGGCAGGUGGAUUGGUGAGUGGAUGGAUGAAUGGGUGGUAAAUAGAUGAAGCGAUUGUAGAUGGCUAUAUGAGUGGGUGGAGGUCUGGAUGGGUGGUAGAUGGAUGGGUGCAUGGGUAGGUAGUGGAUAGAUGAUGCCUGAGUCUGCACAUCACUGCACUCCAGAAGGCAAAUGAGUGCCCAAACCAUGAGCUUUGAUACUUAGAUUUUAUUUACUAAGAUGCUAUUAGAAGAUGGAAUUUUUCAUCCCCAUACAUUUUUUAACACAUCAGAAUUGUUAUGAGCAGAGGAUGGAAAGGGUCAUGAAAGCUUUGUAGUAUUUUCAGCAGAAAUAUGUGAUACAUUUGAAUCCCUUAAAGACUGCAAAGAGUGUGUCAGCAAGACUGGCAAGGAGUUUUUGUUUUAUGAAGGCGAGUAUCUUUAUCUUGCAGUAUUAUCAAUGCAGUUGUGAAUUGAAUCUAAAGUGGUAUUAAAAACUGUCAAACAAUUUUUAAUCUGUUUGUAUAUCUUACAAUAGAUCACAGAUAACAUCUAAAUAAAAUCACACGUGUAACCCUA